AUGUCAUCGCCGCCGCCUUCCUCCGCCGCCGCCGACCAUCCCAAAAUCCACAUCAACCCCGUCCAGGUGAACACCUCCUCCCCCCGCUUCCCCCCUCCGCCCGCCACCCCGAACUCCAUCUACGCUGCCUCCUCCCCCUCCCUCCGCCGCAUCGCCAUCGCCGUCGACCUCAGCGAGGAGAGCGCCUUCGCCGUGAAGUGGGCCGCCGACAACUACAUCCGCCCCGGCGACACCGUGAUCCUCCUCCACGUCCGCUCCACCUCCGUCCUCUACGGCGCUGACUGGGGCUCCUCCACCCCCACCAGCGCCGGCGCCGGCGGCAACCCCUUUACCAAGACCUCCCCCGCCGCCGCCUCCGCUGCCGCCUCGCAGCGGACGGAGGAGGAGCUCGACGGCCUCGCAUCCAGGAAGGCCGGCAGCCUCGCGCAGCCGCUCGUGGAGGCGCACGUGCCGGUGAAGAUCCACAUCGUCAAGGACCACGACAUGAAGGAGAGGCUUUGCUUGGAGGUGGAGCGGCUCGGGCUGAGCGCGGUGAUCAUGGGAAGCCGCGGCAUUGGGGCGAAGGCGAGGGGAAGGAGGGAAGGGAAGCUCGGGAGUGUCAGCGAUUACUGCGUGCAGCACUGCGCGUGCCCUGUCGUGGUCGUGAGGUAUAAGCACGACGGGGAGGAGGACGAGGAGGAGGAGAGGGAGAAGGAGAGAGAAGAGGAGAAUGAGUUCCAUGAUGCCAAUGAUCAACUCACCAAGUGAAUUUUAUGAGUUAUCUUGUUAUAGAUUCAAGAGAGGCCGGA